UUAUUAUUAUUUUUAAACAGUCCAUAAAUGUGACAAUAAAAUUCAAAACUGAUUUAAAUAAUUUUUUUUCUUCUCUUCUCAGUCAUCAUGUCUGCCGGAGGAGAGAAAUCCAAGUCUGCUUCCCAGACUGACGGGAAGGCAGCUCAGAACAAGAUGUCUGAGAUGGGCAUGAUGUCUUACAAGAUGUGUGUGUACGACCAGGAGAACUUCCAGGGCCGCUGCAUCGAGAUCAACGGAGAGUGUAUGAAUGUGUGUGACAUGGGGAUGGAUCGGGUUCGCUCCCUGCGCGUCGACUGUGGACCCUUCGUGGGCUUUGAGCAGAUGAACUUCUGUGGAGAGAUGUUCAUCCUGGAGAAGGGCGAGUACCCCCGCUGGGACUCUUGGAGCAACUGCCAGAAGAACGACUACCUGCUGUCCUUCAGGCCCGUCCGCAUGGACCCUGAGAAGCACAAGAUCUGCCUGUACGAGGUCGGAGAGUUCAAGGGUCGUAAGAUGGAGAUCAUGGACGAUGACGUCCCCAGUCUGUUCUCUUACGGUUUCACCGACCGCGUGGGCAGCAUCAUGGUCAGCUGUGGAACCUGGGUGGGUUACCAGUUCCCCGGCUACCGUGGCAGCCAGUUCCUGCUGGAGAAGGGCGACUACAAGCAUUUCAAUGAGUUCGGAGCUCGCUGCCCCCAGAUGCAGUCCAUCAGGCGCAUCCGUGACAUGCAGUGGCACCCUCACGGCUGCUACACCAUGUCCUCCAAGUGA